ACAUGGCAGUCCUCCUGCUAUGGCCGUUCCACUCUUCUCUGCCCAAUUUCACACUUCAAUUCUCACCCAACCACUUCCCUCUUCUCGCUCUUUUUACGUCGGAAAACGCUUGUCUUGUUCGUCGUCGUCAACUUCCAUGGAACAUCAUGAAUCGAAAUUCAAGGAAUUUCCUUAUGCAUCUGUUCCGCAUAGAGAGUUAAUGGUGGAACUUGUAUCGACUGUGGAGAAUCGUCUUGGAGAAGCUCUACUUCCUUGUACUCUGCCUUCUCAUGUGCAGUAUUUUGAGAAUGAAUCUGCUACUGCUCAUGCUUCUCUCUAUGUCAGAUCUGGAAAUUCCUCUUCUCAGGUUGAUUUCAUACUUGGUAGUUGGGUUCACUGCAACCUACCCACAGGCGGAGCGUUGAAUAUUACAAGCCUUUCAGCAUAUUUGAGACCUUCAACUGAUGCACCAAACUUCUUAAUUGAAGUUAUCCGCAGCAGUCCAACAACUCUCAUCCUUAUUCUUGAUCUACCUCCGCGAAAGGACCUUGUCCAACAUCCUGAUUACCUCAAGACCUUUUAUGAGGAAACACAAUUAGACAAGCAGAGACAACUUCUCGAGAAAUUACCUGAGGUAAAGCCUUAUUUCUCUUCGUCUCUAUAUAUUCGAUCCCUAGUCUCUCCAUCGGCUAUCUUGGUUUCUAUAGAAACCGAACCUUCCCAGGCCAUUCGCAUUGAUGAGAUUAUUCAGGAUCACAUAAGUCCUGUUGCUAAGGUAAUGCUGGAUACAUGGUUGGAUCUGUGUGCUUGUACUGAGAGAAGAUUGACAGAUGAUGAAAGUGCAGAUCUGGCUAAGAGGGAUCGAAUAAUUAAGAAUAAGACUAUCGAGAUAGAUCUUGAAUCAAGCUUCCCUAGGCUUUUCGGGCAAGAAGUAGCGAACCAGGUUUUAGGAGUACUAAGGGAAAUCUACAACAGUUGAAUUUCUUGCUCCUGCUGCUGUUUUAUUGUGUGAUUAUUGUAUGUAAUCUUUAUAAUUCUUCAACAUAUAAUACACUUAAAAAGAUGUAAAUUGAGAGUAACUAUAAAAGUUGCAUUCUUCUA